CCUUACAUUUUUAGUAGACCAAUUGGGAGAACCAAGCCUCCAAAAUAGGGUUCCCAGAAUUGUUCCAACACUUAGAAAAUUUCCAGCUUUGUGAAUUCGAGCUCAAAGUUGCUAUCUCAAACUGUCUUUCUGCCUUAAUAAAAAAACAGGCAGAUUUCCAGUUGCAGGAUAGGGUUUUUUGCAUGACUUGCAAUCCAACCUUUUUGGCUUCCUUUCCACGAUCCAAGUGCACCAAGUUAUAGAGGAACACCCAAGCUUCAAAUAGGGAGAAGCAGGCUGGGUUGGUGGAGAUGGGCAAAUCCCUCACACUGGCCAGCCCAACCCUAACCCAACAAGAAAUGGAUCAGGCCCAAGUAGGUUUUGAACAAUCACCAGUUAUGGGAGCCCAGCAAGCCCACAAUCCUCACCAGAUGACCAAAAUUGAAAGCCCAAUGGUGGCGGAGGAGCCUAGCACCAGAACGGAGAAGAAGAGAAAACCAGAGCACCGGAACAUUCAGUCAAACUCCUCCCCGCAGCAAACUUUUUCUACUAACCUAGCUGUUGAGUCUCUGUCUUUCACAGCAGGUGGUAACCAAAGGAAUUCCGCAAGGAAGAAACACACAAUAAAAAGGAGAAGCAUCAAGGAUAUCAAUGCGGAUGGGAACCAAUCUGGUGAAGGUGAAUCCAACUCCCCAAAGGCGACGGCGGCAGACCAUAAGCCGCCUACUAAACCAUGAGGAUCAUCAGCUGGAAUUGUAGGGGGUAUGGCCAGCCCCUUACAAGAAGCUACUGUGGCAGACUUUGCCAAAUAUUUGGCCCCUCAGUGGUAUUCCUCAUGGAAACCAAGAAAGACGACAUUUUCAUGGACGACAAAAAGAGGGCACUGAGGUUUGACCACUCAAAGUACGUUAGCCCUAUAGUAGAAGGUAGUGGACUAACGCUCUAGUUGAAGAAUGAAGUCGAUUUGUGUGUUCUUGAUUCCUGUAAGUCCUAUAUGGACGUUAGUAUUAGUAGGGAUGGUGUUACCUUCUUUUUUACUUUCAUCCAUGCUCCGACCUCGGCAGUGGAGAGAAGGGCCCUUUGGGAUCGACUUACGACCUUGAGGGAUGCCCAUGAUGAGAAGUGGCUUGUACUGGGAGACUUGAAUGUUGUUCUGUACCCUUUUGAGAAGCAGGGACGUUGUCCUCUUAGGAAUGAAAAUGUAGCUCUGUUUAAGUACUUCAUCGAUCAGAAUGCUCUCCUGGACCAGGGCUUUUCUGACCAACCUUUCACCUGUACAAACAAGCAAUAAGGUAACAAUCUUAUC